CACGUUUCUUUGUUUCUUUCUCGGUUUCAGACAUAGCCAUUGUUGAAGCCUUUCUUCAUUUAUAGCGGUGUAGAUCAAGAAACAUGACAAACCGUCCGCAUGUUCCAAAGUUUGGGGACUGGAGCAACCAAGACCAGCCAUUCACGGUCGUCUUCGAUAACGCGAGGACGAACAAACGAGCAGACUUGUACGAAUCUCUAGAGAACUCAGAUAUCAAAACUCCUCCUCAACCUGCUCCUAGAAUUCCACGACCUGAACCACCAAAACCAGCUAGAGAGGGCACGCCAAGAGCACCUCCACCAACCGAGAGAAAUAAAGUCAGAGCUCCUCCUGCUGACCAGCUCUACGGCGGAGGCAGAGAUGGAGGCGGAUUAUACGGAGGUUAUGUAGGUGGAGGCGGUUCAGGAAACCGGCAGCAACACGCUCCUCCUCGUCCCGCACAGACACAGCCUAGACCCAAUCUUAGAGGCGGCAGCAACGGAAGGGGAGGGACGACGAUUCCACCAUUUCCAGGGUCAGUAGGUUCAGGGGAGAACAUGAGUUACACACACAUUUUCGACCAAGUGAAAGAAGAGAGGCGUGAAGGUGCCAGACCCUACGGUGGAACAGCCGGAAACACUCCAUCUCGCCCCAUCAACAGUCAACAUGAAUCUCCCUCCCCAAACUCCUCCAAGGUCUGUUGUUUCCCAUGGGGCCGAAAGGGAAGUAAAUACUGAAGACAAUGAGUGGUUUUUGUUGUGAACAACGUUGGAGGAAUCACUACUAAAUACUAUAGUAGUGUGUUUUGGUUGUGUAGUUUAUCUUUGUUUAUCCAUUUCUCAAGAAAAAACUUGCGUAUGAAAGUAAAUGUGCAGACUGUAUGUUUUCUAUUUGUUGCGUUCUCUUCAACAUUAGUUGUACAAGA